UAAUUGAAACCAACCCUAAGCUCUUUUUAUCUUCGCCCUAAAGGUAGCCCCGAUUAUUGCUGACUUAAGCAUCGGAGUGUCUACCCCGAGUUCCACCUCGGGGCUUUGCAGGUCAUCCCGGAGUGCAAGCGCGGACUGAAGAAGAACUUCUGGUUUGGUGCAAUUACAUUGGCGCCGUCUGUGGGAAACGAACUGAAAGCUUUCUAGUUGCCCUUUCAUCAUGGUUCACACUCGAUCAGUCCGAGUUGGUAAUUCAUCUCUGCCUCAUGGGCAAGGUCAACCCCCCAACAACCUUCCACCUCUGAUCCCACCUCAAAUCCCACCUCAGCUUUCACCUCAGGUCCCAACCAUAUUCCUUCCUGUUGAUCAUGCAGAAGGGGGAGAUGAAAACCAACCCCAUACCUCAGCUCACAAUUCCACUUCCACUGCCAAUCAAGACGUAGUGGUAGCUCAACUUGCUGCCAUGCAGCAACACUUGGAAAAACUAGUAGCUGAACACCGAGGUGCUCCACCCUCACACCAUACUGCUGAUUCUAUACCUCACCCUCUGAAUACCAACAUUACGCUGGAACCCUAUCCCAUUGGCUUCAAAAUACCACAACUGGAGACUUAUGAUGGGACGAAGGAUCCCGAUGAUCACCUGCAUGCUUUCUACUCUUGCAUGCAAGCUCAGAACACCUCUGACGCGUUAAUGUGCAAAAUCUUCCCCUCUACUCUGCGAGGUAAUGCUCGAACUUGGUAUUACAGUCUACCUCCGAGGUCAAUUAGUUCUUACACAGAAAUGGUAUCUGCCUUUGCCACUAAGUUUUCCAAUAGAAGGUUGAUUAGGAAAACUACUACUGAAUUGAUGCGAGUUAAACAGAGGGACGGAGAGUCUCUGAAGAACUACAUGAGCAGGUUUAAUGAUGCGGUGUUGGAGGUUAGUUCCUUCGACCAAGCUGUGGGUAUUGCAGCUGUAAUCUCUGGUCUCAAACAUGAUAGGUUCAGAGACAGUUUGAUCAAACAUGCUGCCACCACCUUUAGCGAGGUGAAUGAUAGGUCUCUGAAAUUUAUAACUGCUGAGGAAUACACCCUGGCGCAAAACCCACCUUCCUCUAAGAACCAGAACCCAGAAUGGAGAGAUGACAAUUCGAACUGGAAAAGGAUGAGAAUGGCGCAGAACCGAGGUCCGAUGUUGACCUCCCCAACGAGAUUCGGAAAGACGAACUCAACUCCCCCGCACCAAUCUGCAGCUCAGAAGGGAAUGCUAAAUGAGUAUGUUCAGAGAGCUGAACAGCCGAGGUUUAUCAGAGAACAGAGGCCGCAACCUCAAGGAGUCCGCAAUCACCCAAAUAGGCAAGGUGUGGGAUAUCAGCAAACCCCACCUCCGCUUCCACCACCAGCUAGAAUCAUACAUAUGAUUACGGGAGGCCUUGAAGCAGGUGGACUGAGCUCUAAGCAGCGAAAGCUGUAUGUCAGAGAGCGUGUCCUUGUUGACACCGGGAGUGCACCAGACAUCAUGUACUUCCACUGUUUUGAGAGUCUGGGAUUAGAUCCAGCAUUGUUGCAAAAGUAUGAUGGUCCUAUAUAUGGUUUCAACAACCAGCCUGUUCCGGUAGAAGGAGUUCUUACCCUCCAUGUGGCUUUUGGAAGUGGCAGAACCUAUUCUCACCUCUGUAUGAAGUUCCCAACUCCUAUGGGAAUAGCAACACUGCGAGGAAACCAAGAGGUGGCCAGGCAUUGUUAUAUCACCUCGGUAACACAACCCAUGAAGGGCAAAGCUCAGACACCCGAGGCCAUUCCCCAUCGAAUUUCUGAUAAUCAGCAAGUUAUGGGUGUUGAGAUCGUAGAUAAUCGACCGGAAGAUGAAACCAGAGCUGCUCCGGUCGAAGAUGUUGAAGAAGCCAUUAGUUCAGUUCUGGUGAGAGAAGACGCUAGGCAGCAGAAACCAAUUUAUUAUAUCAGCAGCAUGCUGCACGGAGCAGAGCUGAGAUAUCCUAUAGCUGAGAAAGCAACAUUAGCAGUCGUCACUUCGGCCAAGAAGUUGAAGCCAUAUUUCCAGUCACACCCAAUUAUUGUUCUCACCGACCAACCUCUCAGGCAGAUUCUGCAGAAACCAGAGUGCUCUGGAAGACUAAUUAAGUGGGCAGUAGAGCUGGGAAAGUUUGAGAUAACAUUUCAGCAGAGAUUGGCCAUCCGAGCUCAAGCAUUAGCAGAUUUUAUUGUCGAAUGCACCCCAUGUCCUUCAAACUCUAAUCCAGAGCCCAAUGACUGGACCUUAUAUGUUGACGGAGCAUCUAGUAGCAAGGGUUUAGGGGCUGGCACUCUCUUGGUUGGUCCAGAGGGAUACCGAAGCGAAUAUGCUCUGAAGUUCAAUUUUGAUGCAACAAAUAACAUGGCUGAGUAUGAAGCUCUGCUACUUGGUCUACAGCUAGCAUUGCAGUUGCAAAUCAGUGUAAUUCAAGUGUACAGCGACUCCCAGUUGGCGAUAAACCAAAUCAACUCAAUCUGUGAAGUUGUUGAUCCUGUGAUGGUAAAGUAUGUAGCCUUGGUGGCCGAGUUGAAGUGCAAAUUCCAGAAAUUAUGUUUGAGUAAAAUUCCCCGAGCUGAGAAUGAACAGGCAGAUUUACUCUCCAAGUUUGCCUCUGAUAGCUCUUUAAGUUCCAGAUCCGUUUUUGUGGAGGUCUUAGAUGAACCAAGCUUCAUGAAGCCCCGAAUGAUGGAGAUUAGCACAAACCCUGACACACCGAGCUGGACUGACUCAAUUAUCUCCUUUUUGCGAGAUGGAAUAGUACCUGAGGACAAGCAAGAGGCGAUGAAGUUGAGGAAGAAAGCAUCUCGGUAUACACUUGUUGAUGGGAUCCUCUAUAAGAGAUCUUUUUCACUUCCUCUUCUGCGAUGUUUGAAUCCCUACGAAGCCGAGUAUGCACUUCGAGAGGUACAUGAAGGUGUCUGUGGGAGCCACGUCGGUGCUAGAACUCUGGCUCACAAAGUCUUAAGGCAGGGAUAUUACUACCCAAACAUGUAUAAGGAUGCCACUCACUUUGUUCAGAAAUGUCCGAGGUGCCAAUUCUUUGCACAUCUAACUCACCAACCUGCAGAAGAACUCACGAACUUGGUAGCACCAUGGCCAUUUGCACAGUGGGGACUAGAUCUUUUAGGUCCAUUCAUGAAAGGGGUUGGUGGCGUAACCCAUCUGGUUGUUGGUGUGGAUUAUUUCACAAAGUGGGUAGAAGCUCGGCCUUUAUCUAGUCUUACCUCCAAGAAGGUACAGUUCACCUCCGUCUACCAUCCGGAGUCCAAUGGCAUGGUGGAAUUUGUUAACAAAUGCAUUUUGGAAGGAAUAAGGCCGAGAUUAGAGCAGCAUAAGGCCAAGUGGGCAGACGAGCUCAACAACGUCCUCUGGGCAUACAGAACCACGAGCCGAACUGCUACAGUCAUUCCUGUUGAAAUAGGAGUCCCAAGCUUCCGAGUCACCCAUUUCGAUGAAGGGCGAAAUGGACAACUGCUUCGGGAAAACCUUGAUCUGCUUGCUGAAGUUAGAGAAGAAGCUCAACUUCGAACUCUUGUAUACAAGCAGAAGCUAGCCAACUUCUACAAUAAACGGGUCCGCCCUCGAACUUUCAAAGUAGGAGAUCUUGUUCUCAGAAAAGCUGGCCUAACAGGGUUUGAAACUCGUUUUGGCAAACUCGCCCCGAAUUGGGAAGGCCCUUAUACCAUGGCCGAGGUGCCACAUCCUGGUGCCUAUGUCCUCCAAGACGCUGAAGGAAAGAGAGUUCCUAGAGUCUGGAAUGUCAAUAACUUGAAGAAAUUUUACCCCUAAUAGAAUUCUUUCAAGAGAUCUAUGUCUUACAGUUCUUAUUUCAUGUUUGUCGAGAUUCAUUUUACGUCUUAUUCUAUGUAUCCGAGGUUAAUCAGUCUAUUCAUUCCUUGAACCUCACUUCUGAUUAAUAAAUGUCACUUCACAUA